ACACAACAAAAACACAACAUGAAACAAGUGUGAACAAAUCCAACACAACUUGCUUAUGUAGCUUCUUCCUUCAUUUGUUUUAUUCAUUUUCCUUUUUCAUACUGCAACUGAAUUUACUUCUUCAACUGCUACAUCACAAUAAUCACAAUAUUAGUAAUUUCAGUUUUCAAACUUUCCAGAACAAACAUUUAAAGGGUAAUGACUAAUGAUCUUGAUCAGUGAUUACCAUCUUCAAAUUCUUCAGUUGUCAUCUCAAAAAAAUGCUUCUUCAUAUUCAUCAAAAGAUGAACUUUUUAAUCAUGUUCAUAAUUUUCUUAUUGAGCAAAACAAGAGCACAAAUCAACAACACAAUCUGUUUGAAUCGUUGUGGAGAUAAAAUUCUUGAUUACCCUUUUGGAUUCUCUGAUGGUUGUGGAAUUAAGCUAAACUGUAUUGAUAAUAAAGUCCAAAUUGAUGAGUUUCUGAUUCAGAAUAUGACCAAAAAUAGUAUAUUGAUUUACCUUCCUGCAAAAUGCAACCGUAGUAUUGAAUCUAUUCAACCACUUUUCAGUGAUAAUUUUGCUCCAACAAGGAACAAUAGUUUUCUAGUUCAAGAUUGUUCAGCUCCUUUAGGUGGAUGUGUGAUUCCAGCUUCAAGUUUUGUUGGAAAUCAGAUUGAGGUUGAAAGCUGUGACAGCAAAAGUAGUAACAUUAGUUGUUUUACACAGCAAUAUCAUGAGGGAGAUGUUGAUGUUUUGUCAUACGAGGAAUUGAAUAAAACUAGAUGUAACUAUUUGUUCUCAGCCAUUGCUGUUGAACAAAGUAAAGAGAUUUCGUUGCAGUUUCAAGCUAUUGAAUUGUCAUGGUGGGUUAAAGGUUCUUGUGAAUGUUCUAACAAUGCUACUUGUUCAAAUGUGACUCUACAAGGAAAUGGUUCUGGAUUUCGGUGUCAGUGUUUGGAUGGUUUCCGGGGAGAUGGAUUUGCUAAUGGCAUCGGUUGCCGGAGAGCUCCAGGUUGCAGUGCUUCAACACUAACAUCCGGUGGAUGUGGGAGUGCAACCAAAAUCGGCGUUGUUGUCGCAGUGGUCGUAACCGGAGUUGUGAUCGUGGCUGCUCUCAUUAUUCUAUGCUUCUGUGCCAGGCGACGUUUUACUUGGUUGAGAAAACAUACCAGAGUAAAGCGCCUACUACGUGAAGCUGCCGGAAACUCUAUUGUGCCUCUCUACUCUUACAAAGACAUAGAAAAAGCCACAAAUUCUUUCUCUGAUAAACAGAGGCUGGGAACCGGGGCAUUCGGUACAGUCUAUUCUGGAAAACUUCACAAUGAUGAGUUUGUUGCAAUAAAGAAGAUACGGCAUAGAGAUACAAACAGUGUUGAUCAAGUCAUGAAUGAGAUCAAGCUCCUUUCUUCGGUGAGUCACCCAAAUUUGGUUCGCCUCCUAGGUUGCUGCAUUGAGGAGGGAGAGCAGAUACUUGUUUAUGAAUAUAUGCCAAAUGGAACGUUGUCUGAGCAUUUGCAAAGAGAGAGAGGUAAAGGUCUUCCGUGGACAAUACGACUCACCAUUGCCUCCGAAACCGCUAAUGCGAUAGCUUAUCUCCAUUCUUCAAUUCAUCCCCCAAUUUACCACAGAGAUAUAAAAUCCAGUAAUAUAUUAUUGGAUUAUAACUACAAAUCUAAAGUAGCUGAUUUUGGACUUUCUAGGCUUGGCAUGAUAGAGACAUCACAUAUUUCAACUGCUCCACAGGGUACUCCAGGCUAUGUGGAUCCUCAAUACCACCAGAACUUCCAUCUUUCUGAUAAAAGUGAUGUAUACAGCUUUGGUGUGGUUUUGGUAGAGAUAAUAACUGCCAUGAAAGUGGUUGAUUUUGCCAGACCUCAAAGCGAGGUUAAUUUAGCUGCACUUGCUGUUGAUAGGAUUAGGAGGGGUUCUAUAGAUGAGAUUGUAGAUCCCUUCCUUGAACCAAAUAGAGAUGCUUGGACUCUAUAUUCCAUUAAUAAGGUGGCUGAGCUUGCAUUUAGAUGUCUUGCUUUUCAUAGUGACAUGAGACCAACAAUGAUGGAAGUGGCCGAAGAGCUUGAGUACAUCAGACGCCGUGCAUGGGCAACUAUGGAGGAAACCAUAUGUUUGGGUUCGUCGAUUGGUUCUGCGAUUUCUUCGCCUCGCAAUGGAAGUGAGAAGUCAUUCGGUGGUCUUAUGUUAAAGAAAGUAGGGCAAGAGAGUGAGGAAUUGAUUGUUCCACCCAAGAAUGAGAACCUGUUGCAAUCUAUGGAAUUGGAGGUGAUAGACAGCUCCCCUGUAUCGGUGCAUAAUCCUUGGUCGAGUGGACAGAGCUCGCCUUCAUCAAACAGCUUGUUGGGAAAUGUUGUUCGGUGACAUAAGCAUAAGCAUCCUGCAAUGUGAAUAAUACUAAAGGCAUAUACAUAACAGUUUUCGUUUCUCUUUCAGCUGUCAUUGAUAUUUCUAUGUGUGAUUAAGAUUCUGGUUUACUAACAAUUUCCAAAAGCUUAUAUGCAAAAAUAAUCAGCAAUAGAUAUACAAAAUUUUCUAUGCAGACAAGAUGUAAUUGUAAACUAUGAAUAGUUAUUAUGUAAAAUUUUGAAUGGAAAAGACGAACACCUUUGGGCUACA